AAUAAAAUAAAAUAAAAAACGAGGGAAGAAAGCCCACACAACAUAAACUGAAGCACCACCACCAAACAAAAUUUACUCCAAUUUCUUCCAUUAUUAAUCUUUGAAACUAUGUCUGAGCUUUGCGCCACCACUCACCUACCCCGCGAACCACAACCAAACGAACCAGACCCACAUACCCUAACUCUUGAUCCCCUCGCCCACUGGUGCACCAACCAAAAUUGCAACCCCUUCGCCGAUCCUCCCGAUUGCGACUGUUUCUCCGACGCCGCCUCCGAUUCGGAUCAUGACGUCAGCUGCUUCGUCACCGAUCUCUUCGACCGUCGCACCUCGGAGCGGCCCAAUAACGACUGCGUGACCGUUCCGGGUUCGGGUUCGGGUUCGGACCCGCUUUCGCUUGAAUCGGAAAUUGGGGGUGUUGAUGAUGGAGAAGAAAUGGGGUCAAAUUUGGGGUUAGGGUUUGGUCUAGAGUCAAAUUCUCAGGGCUCUGUCUCUGAAUUGGGCGAGUUUAAUAUUCCACCAGGGGAUGAUUCGCGCGUUAGUGGCCUUCGGAUUGUUGGGUUGGAAUCGGAAUCUGAUUCGGAUUCCGGUACCAUCGAUGAUAUAGAAAGUAAUCGGAUCACCGAUUCGGGUAUCCAAUCAAUCUGGGACAACCUUUUCUUGGUGGAGCAGAGGAACAUGUUUGAAAAUUCUGAGUCUAAUCGGAUCGAUGGCGGAGUUGAAGAGCUCUCAGUGGCCUCUGGGUUUUCUACUGAAGAAGAAGAAGAGAUUCCGGAAGGAGCCACACGAAGCCUGGAGUGGGAAAUUCUCUUGACAGUCAACAAUUUCCGGAGGUAUGCCGAUGAUGAUGAUGUUGACUUAGAGACUGCAGAGUACAUCAACACGAUUUUCGGGCAAUUCGUGGAGAAUGCGAAUGCCAUGAAAGGUAGCCCUCCGGCGGCUUCAAGUGUUGUCGAGGAUCUUCCCUUUGUUAAGUUCACAAAGGAGAAGUUGAAGAAUGAAGAAGUGGUCUGUGCUGUUUGUAAAGACAGCAUUGCGUCGGAGGAUAAGGUCAGGAGCUUACCCUGUUGCCAUUACUACCAUCAGGACUGCAUUGUGCCCUGGUUGGGCAUUCGAAAUACAUGCCCGGUUUGCCGGUAUGAGCUGCCCACGGAUGAUCCUGAUUAUGAAAGGAGCAAGUGUGAAAGGGCUACCCGUGGCGAGCCAGGCGAUUCAGAGGUCAGGUUUGAGCAAUUUGUGUGAGAUGUUUAUAUAGCUAUAUAUACUCUUCUAUAUAUACUCUUGGUUUGCUUUGUGUAAAAAUUGUAAAUAGGCGUUUUUCGGGCAGUCUCAUAUCCAAUGAUGAAAUGAAGCUUGUAUUGGUUUUGAACAUUUUAUAGCUUUGGUUAAUUUGGUGGAGUUUCUAAGUGUAAUAAAUUGCUUGUUGUUGGUGUUACUUGAGGUCUUAGUAGUGUUUAUGCAGCAAAAUGUUUACUCGAGAGAUUGAGACUUGAGGUCUUAGAAGUUUGAAGAAGUAUUUUUAGAGUCUAGAACUUUGCACCAAAAAUAUUUAAUAAAGAGAGAUAUAAAGUUGUAAAUAUUGGGUUUUUUUGUUUCUGGGAUUUAGGAUGUGGAUAUGAUUGCCCGAAUAGUUUGGUCUUCUUUUAAGUUUAACUUGUGUUUUGGUAAGAACUGAUGCCUUCCUGAUUCCUUCCAGAUGAAAAUAAAAUGUGUUGGUUCUUCUUGUUCCGUCA